AUGGACCUCGGUAUCGGUACCUGUCCUCUUCCACAACCCUUUGCCGAGAUGAAGUCGCUCACUACGUCGGCGGCUCUGUUGCUGCCAGCGGCUCAGGUCGUCAUGAGCGCCUUUGCCGACGAUUGCGCCAAUAUCGCAAAGUCGUUCACUCACGAAAACACGACAGUUUGGUUCACCAACGUCGAGCCUGCUGGCGCGAACAUCAGCUUCCCCGAACGUCAUCCAACCUGCUCCGGAACUAGUCAGGUUGUGGACGUGGAACUUUGCCGCAUUUCCAUGCUGGUCACCACUGGCCCGGCCAGUAACAUCAGCCUGGAGGCUUGGCUUCCAUCCAACUGGACUGGUCGUUUCCUGAGCACCGGCAACGGAGGAACCGGAGGCUGCAUCCAGUACGAUGACAUGGCCUAUGCCACAUCUCGAGGUUUCGCUGCUGUCGGUGCGAACAAUGGUCACAACGGAACCAUUGGCCAGCCGUUCUUCAACAACCCCGGCGUCAUUGAAGACUUCGCUUACCGCUCGCUGCACACCGGUGUAGUGGUCGGAAAAGAUGUCACCAAGGCCUUCUACGGAAAGGAGCACACCAAAUCUUACUACCUUGGUUGCUCUACCGGCGGCAGACAGGGCUUCAAGGAGGCCCAGGAUUUCCCUGAAGACUUUGAUGGCAUUGUAGCUGGUGCACCCGCCUUUUCUUUCAACAACCUCACCUCCUGGAGUGGUCACUUUUUCACCGCCACCGGCCCUGUCGGUGCCCCGACCUUCUUGUCAAAGGACCUUUGGGCAGUUGUCUUGAAGGAUGUUCUCACUCAGUGCGACGGACUCGAUGGCCAUGUUGAUGGAAUUAUUGAAGACCCUGAUCUGUGCCAAUAUCGCCCCGAGUCUCUCAUCUGCCCUACUGGACAGGUAGACAACUGUUUGACCGGCACACAAGCUGAAACCGUCCGCAAGGUCUUCUCCGAUGUUUACGGCGUGGACGGCUCUCUUGUUUACCCCCGCCUUCAACCCGGUGCUGAUUCGACUGGUCCUCUUCUCAGUGGCAACGCUUUCCCCUACACAACCGACUGGUUCCGCUACGUCGUCUACAAUGACCCCAACUGGGACCCUGCCACCUUGACAGUCAAGGAUAUGGCCUACUCCUCUCAACUGAACCCUUUCAACAUUGAGACCUGGAAGGGUGAUUUGUCGGGAGUCAGAGAUCGUGGCACCAAGAUUCUGCACUACCACGGCCUUCAGGAUCCCAUUAUUAGCAGCGACAACUCGGCUCGUUACUACAACCAUGUCUCGCGCACCAUGGGUCUGACCUCCGCUCAGCUGGAUGAGUUCUACCGCUACUUCCGCAUCUCCGGCAUGAACCACUGUCAAGGCGGCCCAGGCGCCAGCUUCAUUGGCAACAGACGCAUUGCUGAUGCCGGAUACGAGCCUGAUCGUAAUGUUCUUUCUGCGAUUGUUCACUGGGUCGAAGAUGGCGUCGCACCUGACAGCAUCUUGGGAACUGCUUACGUCAACGGAACUAAGGACGCUGGAGUUGCUUUUACCAGGAAGCACUGCAAGUAUCCUACUCGCAACGUUUACAAGGGAACUGGAGACCCCAAUGUUCCUGAGAGUUGGAACUGUGUAUAA